AUGAAUUACCUGCCAUUACUUUUACUUCUGCAAAGUUUUGUUUUCCCAAGUAAUUCUCAUAAACAUGGUAAGCCGGACGCGUCAGUUCGAUCAGGUAUAAAUAUUUGUACGAGCUUUCUUGUUCUAGUGCAGCCUUGUGGCUUACCUUUUUUAUGUUAACUUAAUCCCCCCAUAGUCUAACAGUUCAAUGAGAUAUCUAUAAUAUUGUGACUCAUGAAGUGUUGUAAAAUUCGAUACAACUAUAUGUCGUCACAUGCAGUAAUAAAUUUUGCUCCUCCCUUGAUUUAAGGUGGGAGGCUUAGGUAAUGACAUUUUCGCUUCAGACCUAUUAAAAUGACAUGUAAAUCUUAUUUGAAUUUUCUAUAAUUCUGGAGAGUGCUAAUUUUGUACGCGAAAGCGUAAUGUAUAUUUCAAAGUUCUUCAACUAAGAAAAGAAAGUUUCAUAUCAUAGUUAGUUAUAGUGCUACCGUUUUUCUAUUGCGUGUAACGGCAACAUCAUUUCAGGGGUCGAACAGUAGCCAUUUAUCAACUACAAACUUGAAAAAAGCGCCAGCCCAUGACCACAAAAUUACCCUUUUUUAAAACUAACAUGUUUUAAAAUUUGUAUCAACUACUAUGAGUCACAAUAAAGAUGAGCAUGUUUUGACUUGAUGAAGUUCAGUAUCAUGUUCCUUGAAUUUUCGGAAACGUAUAAACUUGCAACAAAACCUGAUGAAUCCAUAUGUAAUGACUCGCCGCACUGGUUUUGAUAUUUGCGGUUAUUAUGAAUAUAUAAUCUUACUGCUAAACUAUUUUUUAUAUAUUAUCACAGAUAGCGACACACGUGCAAACCACAAAAUGCCAAAAAGGGUACAAGAAGCCAAGAAGGAAGAAAUUCUCGGUGAGGACACCAACCGGAUUGACCGGGAAGAGUACAAGUUGCAGAGUAUGGUCAGCCCAGAGACACAUGAGGCCAGCAGGUUUUUUGACAGGCCUCCCUCUAAAGAAAUAGGCAAUCUUCGAGUUGACACCAUGUCUCCAGCUCAGGUGUCUUUCAUUCAAAGCAGCACUCAAUGGCACAAGUACUUCAAACCGUCAUCACCUGUUCAAGUGCCUUCAACAAUCUUCCCUGAUGAUCCAGUACUAUUUCCAGGAACGAAGUCUUCCAAGGAUACCGGCAGUGAUUCACAAGGUGUCACUGAGGGAGGACUUGAAAGUUUGGUAAAUGCCGAUGUUCCAAGGCAUCAUCAGAAUAAUUACGAUAGCUGGAGUUCAUUUGGAUCCUAUGGUGACACAGCUGGCGGUGAAUCGUAUCAGCAUCAAAAAGAAUAUGAGGAUACCCCAUUUUUAGACAAGAGCUGGAUGAAUCCAAAAUCCGAAGGAAAACCACCUGAACAAUCAAGUUAUGAGAGUUUUGAUGGGAAAACACUAGCUGUACCAGAACCGAAACAAGGUGUAAUGUCUGGUCUAUUAAAUCAUUUCAGAAGCCAGCCGCUUGGAGAAAAUGCUGGUUUGGGAAAUGAAGGACAACAUUCGAGCUCUCUAGAGGACCAAAAAGCAAGCCUUUUAGAGAAACUGGAUGAGUUAAAGGAAAAUCAAGUAAUGCCUCAAGAAGGAGAGGAAAAGGUCUUUUUUGGCGGGGGAAAUCAUAAGUCCCCUUUGCAGAGCGAUGUUGAAAGUCCUCCACUGUUAGGACCCUCAGCAGGCCUAGGGACAGCCCUAGCUGAGGAGCUUCUACAGAAAAAUAGAGGCAAAAGUCAGAGAGUGGAAGACUCGACUGAAAUGUUACAAGAAUUAAGGGACACUGCUCCAAAGUUUCGAUCGCAAACAAAUGAAUUAUAUGAAUCUCCCCUCUUGGCUAGGCCUAUGUUUGAUGAAAGGGCAAGCGAGAGGACAUUGAUGUACAAUAGUUUAAACAACUUUGAUAACGAUAGGGGGCACAUGGUAUUGAUAAGGAGCCAUCAGAUACAAGAAAACCAAAAGAAAGGAUUUGUUAAAGAUAAUGGAAUAAACACCACUGUACCUAGAAAGAAACAAACCAAAAAUGAUAACCACAAGAAAAUCCACCAUCAAAAGUUAAGAAAUUCAGCUUCGAAAUUGGUCAACAGCAAAAACGUUUCCGUUGUACAUCGCAAGAGACUUUGCAGGGGAUGCUCCCUUUCUUCGCGGCGAAAAAAGGUUAACGGAAAGAAAACAAAUUAA